UGGUUCCUUUCCUCCAUGGCCAGUAGACAAACUUACAAGUUUAAUAACUGCAAGGAAACAGUAUUACUCUAGUACAGACAGACCUGGGCAUUUUACGGCCCCCGCGCCACAUCCGGGCCUUUGGCUGUCUCUGUGCGGCCCCCGAGAGAUCAAUCGGAAAUUAGAAAUAAAAUGUAAAUAAGUGUACGCCAUACACAGAAUACAACCACAUUGUUUUUAUUUUGAAAGCGACAGCUAUUUUUUUCUUUCUUCAAUUUACGCAUGUGUGCGCGUGCCGUAACGAGAGGGAUCGAGGACAUCGUGGGAAAUCUGGAGCUUCAGCUGCAAAACAAAGUGGACACUUUUGACUUGUUCUCCUUGGCUUUGAUGACAGCUGCGAUGUCCGCAACGCAGCCCGGUUACUCGUCUUUGUACGUGGGACAACGAAGGAAAGUUUAAGGUUACGGAGGAGCUGACAGCAAUGCGGUCAUUGAAAGGGACGACAACAGGCAGGGAGGGAUUUGUUCACAGAGAACGGGAUGUUCGACCCCAGCCAUGUUGUUCAGGAGACGGUCACUGUGGAAGAGGAACCCCAGCAAGCCCCUUCAGUUGUCUCCAUGGAGAUCGGUGAGGACGGAACCACGCGCCGCGCAGAGACCACGGUGAAGAAGGCGGUGAAGACGGUGACCACACGCACGGUCAUCCCGUCGGUGUCCGACAUGCUGUCUGUGGACGGAAUGGGCCCCUACCCCGGCACUAUGGAUCGCGGCUACAGAGCAGCAGGGCUGCCGGGAAGGGACUACCCCUCCGGCCCCACGCCCCACGGCUAUCAGUAUGCCCCCUCUGACACAUACUCGAGCCUGGGCAGGGGGGUGCACAUGGAGCCUCGUUACAGGCCCGUGGAUGGGUACCGCACGCUGGAUUCCACCUACCGGGUGCCGAGCCGCCAGCAGCUGGACCCGUACGGAGCGCAGCCACAGGUGCGCAUGGGCAGCGCCGCCGACCUGGUGGGCAUACAGCGCUUCGUGCCCGAACCCUACGGCCUGGAGGACGACCAGCGCAGCAUCGGCUACGACGAACCCGACUACGGCAUGGGGCCGCCCACCCACUACGGCACGGUGCCGCGCCUGGGCUACGGCGCCCCCCGGAGGAUUGGGAGCUACGAGGUCCUCGACGGAGACAUGAGCGCAACGGGAGACAUGUACUAUUGGGGUAGGGGGGCUCCCCUGGCCCAGGGUGAGAGGGGCAGCAUGGCCUCCCUGGACAGCACCCUCCGCAAGGCCCCUCCCACGGGCUGGAGGCAGCCGGAGCUGCCCGAGGUGAUCGCCAUGCUCAACUACCGCCUGGAUCCGGUGCGCAGCAACGCCGCUGCCUACCUGCAGCACCUCACCUUCCAGAACGACAAGGUGAAGUCGGACGUCCGGCGCCUGAAGGGCAUCCCCUCCCUCGUGUCCAUGCUGGACAGCCCCAACAGGGAGGUGCAUUACGCCGCCUGUGGGGCCCUCAAGAACAUCUCCUUUGGGCGCGACCGUGACAACAAGGUAGCUAUCAAGAACUGCGAUGGCGUUCCUGCGCUCGUGCGCCUGCUCCGGAAGACCAGGGACCAGGACCUCACGGAGAACAUCACGGCCACUCUCUGGAACAUGUCUUCGCAUGAGGGUGUGAAGAUGGAGAUCGUGGACCACGCGCUGCACACUCUCUCCGAUGAGGUGCUGGUGCCACGCUCCGGCUGGGAGAGGGUCGGCGAGGGCGACGGCGGGACGGCCGAGGAGAGCUGUAAACCACGGCACAUGGAGUGGGAAGUGGCGCUCACCAACACGACCGGCUGCCUUAGGAAUGUGAGCUCAGAGCGCAGCGAGGCCCGGCGCAAGCUGAGGGAGUGCACAGGACUGGUGGACGCCGUCAUGUACAUCGUCCAGUCGCAAAUCGACCGCAAAGAUGUCGACAGCAAGCUCACGGAGAACAGUGUGUGUCUGCUCAGGAAUCUGUCUUACCAAGUGCACCGCGAGGUACCGGGGCACGAGCGCUACCAGGAGGCGGCACCCGUACACCAGGGCCCUCCCCCAGGCUCCGCCCAUACUGCAAGCUGCUUCGGCACCCGCAAGGGCAAAGGGCGGAAGGACGCAGACAACGUGACGGAGGAGCUCAUUGACCUUCCGAAGAGAAGCGCUCCCGCCAAAGGGUACGAGCUGCUCUUCCAGCCCGAGGUGGUCCGUCUCUACACCUCCCUGCUCAAGGAGAGCAAGAACCCGUCGGUGCUGGAGGCGGCUGCCGGGUCGCUGCAGAACCUGUGCGCAGGACGCUGGACCUAUGGCCGCUACAUCCGUGCCGUGAUGCGACAGGAGAAGGGGCUCCCGGUGUUGACCGAGCUGCUGGGCCACGGAAAUAACCGGGUCGUCAGGGCCAUGUCUGGAGCCCUGAGGAACCUGGCCCUCGACCCCAGGAACAAGGAGCUCAUGGGGAAACAUGCGGUGCCGCACCUGGUGGCCAAUCUGCCAGGGGGGGGCCAGCAGCAGCCAGCUCGCGCGCUGACCGAGGACACGGUCGUGUCGAUCCUGAGCACGCUGGCCGAGGUUUUGGGCUCCAGCGUGGAGGCGGCCAAGACACUGCGCUCCUCGCAGGGCAUCGAGCGUCUGGUACUCAUCAACAAGGACGGUAACCGCUCAGAGCGGGAGGUUCGAGGCGCCGGCCAGGUCCUGCAGCUGGUGUGGGGGCACAAGGAGCUGCGGCGCACGCUGGAGAAGGAUGGCUGGAAGAAGACAGACUUCAUGGUGAACCCGAACCCCCCCACGGCAACGCGUAGCAACGGUCGCUAUGACGACAGCACUCUGCCGCUCAUGGACAGGGGGGACCAGCAGGACAGGGAGGCAGAGAUGAUUCCCAUGAGCGACAUGGGUCCUGAUCCCUACUCCACACUGGACCAGAGGGAGCGCCGCAACACCAUGGAUAACUCUCUGGACCCUUUGGACAAGAACGCCGCACAGGGAGAAUGACUGUCAGCAUCGCCCAGAGAAACCAGCCCAUCCCUAACCCACUGAGCCCCAGCAAGGACAGAUGAGGACAUGCAUUGCUGCUGAGCACACUUCCUGGAGUAUCUGCCCCCUGCCCCCUGCCCCCUGCCCCCACACCACAGUCCAGUCCUCAUCCUCUGCUCCGUACAGCCACUAGGGGGCGUGCAGCACCUUGUGCUGAGGUGUGCUGAGCGGAGCCAAGGCUUGUCCCUGUCCACCCUGAAGAUGGCGCUGUCUUCCCUCACGCUGCGCCACCAGUGCUC